AUGAAUACUUUAGCAUCCAUCAGCCCAUAAGAGAAAUCUCUGUUUGCGCGUAGUUUUCCCAUCUCACUUUCGGGAUCUCUCUAUUUUUGCUGCACAUUCUGUAUUUCCCCAAUUUCGUUAAAAUGCCGCAACACACCUAGAUUAUUUGCCCCAAAACGAAGAACCAAGAAUAUUCACUCACAACACAGCUACAUUAUUUGCUCGAUUGAUCGCAUUGCUGUUUUCUUUUUCGUCGUUGAAUUUCGCGGAGGAACGACGAUUCUCUAUAAUUCGUUUCCACGUGAAAGGGGAGGAGGAUUAAUGGAGACUAGCAGCGUCGGCAUGGAUAAUUCGCCGGCGAAGGCGUUUUUGUUGAUCGACGCAACCACUUGGUGGCAAGAAAUCAAUGAUUCUCUCCUUUGGCAGGAUCAUAUCUUCCUCACCCUUGCCGCUCUUUAUGGCAUCGUCGCCAUCGUCGCUCUUGUUCAACUAGUUCGUAUACAAUUGAGGGUGCCGGAGUAUGGUUGGACCACGCAGAAGGUCUUCCAUUUUCUCAAUUUCUUGGUGAACGGAGUGCGGGCAGUCGUUUUUGUAUUCCGUCGUGACGUACAGAGUUUGGAACCACCGAUUCUCCAUCAUAUCUUGCUUGACAUGCCAAGCCUUGCCUUCUUCACAACUUAUGCUCUAUUGGUUUUGUUUUGGGCAGAGAUUUACUACCAGGCACGUGCUGUAUCAACUGAUGGGUUGAGACCAACUUUCCUUACGGUAAAUGCAGUGGUCUAUAUUAUUCAGAUUGUUUUGUGGCUGAUAUUGUGGUGGAAUCCUGUUCAUGUUCUGGCCACCCUUUCUAAGAUGUUCUUUGCCAGUGUCUCUUUGUUUGCUGCCCUCGGGUUUCUUAUUUAUGGGGGAAGAUUGUUCUUGAUGUUACAGCGCUUUCCUGUGGAAUCCAAAGGAAGACGUAAGAAGUUGCAAGAGGUUGGCUAUGUGACAACUAUAUGUUUUUCUUGUUUCCUCGUCAGAUGCAUCAUGAUGUGCUUUAAUGCUUUUGAUCAAGCUGCAGACCUUGAUGUUUUGGAUCAUCCUGUUCUAAAUUUUAUAUACUACCUGUUGGUUGAGAUUUUACCUUCUUCUCUGGUCCUCUUCAUUCUGAGAAAGCUGCCUCCCAAACGAGGAAUUACGCAGUACCAUCCUAUCCGCUGAAAGGGUUGAGGAAGAAAAAGAAAGUGUGGUCAAGGUUUCAACUUCUUGCAUCAGAAGGAAGCGGAAGAAUUGGGAAUGAAAAGGUACAUGCUUUCUAGGGAAACAUGCCUGAGGCAUUUGGAGUUGUGUUUAAAUAGAAAUGAAGAGGUACAGGCCCGAGAUUAGUGUUGGUGUGGCAUAUGAUUUAACCUAACUCGCUGGAUCUCUUGUUGUUGCCUUUUUGGUUCAAUAAUAGCAAGAGAAACAGUGACAUUUCUAAAUGCUUUUCCCUGUAUAUAUACCCAACAAUUGCAUCUGAAUUCUGCUUUUAUAACUCA